UGUAGUAAAUGGCUGGUACUCACGGGUAAGGAAAGCGUUUUUUAGAAACUUGUUGAGUGGGAUUAGUUCUAGGCCUACCCUGCUCAGAGGGGACCCUCAUGAGAGGGGGGUAAUGGGUUCUACUAGGAGGGCUAGGCAUGAAGAGGCUGCCAGACACAGUGAGGCCCAACGGUCGAGUAUGCUGCACCAAGUGCGCACUCGGUUUGAUGAUCAGGCAAGCAGCUUCUAGAGUAGUUGGGGGGUUUCUAGUGAUGAUGUUGAGUACCAAGGCACUGUUCUUCGCUCAGUAGACUGGGCUGUUGUCCGGGGACCCGACGGUAAAUUCGCACGUGCCGGCCCUAGUUCUUCUGAGCGUACCGGACAUAGUCACGUUGAUAAUGAGUCGCCACGGGGGAGCAGGCGCUCACAGUCCGCUGGAACGGACUGGUUGGUCACAUCGCCCCAGCCCGGGGGGCCCACAGAUACGCGCUUGAUACGCAGCUAUGGCGAGCACAUAGCUAAACUUAUUUUUGACGGCUCUGAGCAUACGCCUUCGGUUCUGGAGUGUCAAAGUAAAAAGAAGCCGUUGGAGGCGAUUAUUGGACUGCGGGAUAUGUCUAAUCCGCUUUAUGAUGUUCUACCUGCCACUCCCCUCGGCCGGCUACCCUACAUUAUGCACCAGCACAUUGACUGUACUUUGAUAUCGGCCUUCGUGGAGAGGUGGCAGCCGGAUACGAACACCUUCCACAUGCCAUGGGGGGAGAUGACGAUUAUGUUGCACGACGUGCAAUGUAUAUUGGGCAUAGGUAUUGAAGGUCACUACCGACUAAACUUGCUGAGGGGGAGUGGAAGCUCGCUGUUGCUGGUCUGUUCGUGGAGCCCAUGGCCGAGCUAUGAUGGAAAGGGAUAUUCAUGGCAGGUUGCAUCAACGUUGCUGAAGUUAUGCAGUUGGGCCAUCGGUCCCAGGCUAUGGAUACCCAGUCGACAGCCUAUUACAUGGCUAUUGUUGGCUCUACACUGCUGGCGGAUAAGACCAAAAUCGGCAUGCGACCUCACCUGAUACUAACCGUCAACGUCGAUCAGGAUGAGAUCGCCUGGGGUGCGGUGACGCUGGCCCACAUGUAUCGGCAACUGGGAAUGGCGUCUAGGGUUGGUUGCAAGACCAUUGCUGGUUGCCUGACAUUGCUUCAGACAUGGAUUUACGAGUACUUUCCGGCUUUCUGCCCUCAUCCUCGCCAAACAGAUGUGCCUAAUAAGACUAGGGCGGAGAUGUGGUCCAUGCCCAAGCCAGGUUGUGAGAUCAACAGGUUGAGGGACUGCAGGAGUAUAUUAGACUGCAUGAUGGAAACUUGGGUGGAAUGGACUUCGUACAUGACUUCUCCAAGGGCAUUGCUAAAUGAGCACCCAUGCACCACCUACAUCGAGGGUAUCACUUGCUUUGAUAUCAUCGAGGUGCAUUUGCCGAAGAGGACAGUGCGACAGGUCGGCUUUGUGCAGGCUAUUCCCCCCCCCCCCCUAUGAGACCAACCCAAGCCCUAUGACCGGCACACGAUACCUAUUCCGUGACCUUUGCUUCUCCGCCUAUUUACACGGAGGCAUGGAGUAGGUUCCCCUAUUGUUCCCGCCUUAGUGAUCAGGCACUUCGUUGGGCAUCUGUUUCAUCAAAGGCUGAUCCUAGUUACGUUGACUAGUUCAGAGUGUGCUCUCACCCAUAGUCCUCCCCGGCGAAGAACCGAGUGCCAGUUUUGGUGCAGCUGAAAGCAGAGCGGAAUACUUUCUAAAUGAAUGGCCGAGUCGAUUCGCUCCAUUGGUGAGACUGCCUCCUGUUGCGGAAAUGACCCCCCGGGAA